AAAGUAAUUAAACUUAUAGUUUAAAUUAAAAUUCAAAUACAUUUUUUAUACAAUGUGUUCAUUUUAUAAUUUUUGGAAGGAAGAAUGUGGUUUUACCAUAAAAUGUUAACGAGUGCGCAAGUCAUCGCAAAAGACGCAGUUUAGAUUCUUGCAUUGAAACGCAUGCACGUCUAAAUAUUGCAUUCGAAUGAAAAUUUGAAUUUUAUUCCAAAAUACAAAUAUAUAGACGCAAUUCAUUACAAUAGAAGCAAUCUUUAAAAAAAGUAUUUUAUUCCUUAACAUUUUGGAUAACAUUAAUUCAAAUUAGGAAAAUAUUUGCAAUUAAUGAAAGAGAUCCGCUCUAUAUAGCGGAAGUCAAGUACUUGACAACUUUUUUAAAAAAAUUGAUUAUCAUAUUCUUAAGUGAUAAAAGUGUAUUAGAAGAUUUUUCAAAAAUGUAGUGGAAAAAUUGUUGGCGCAAAAUUAUGUUUUCAAGAAAUAAAACAAAUAUGCAAAAUUCUGAUAAAUCAAAUUUUGAAUUAGAUAAAGCACACAAUCAAGAAUUGAUUAGAGACGAGCCUCAAAAUUGGAAUUGUUCAUUCUGUACUGGACAGAGUAAUAGGAACAUUUUAAACACUAAUGAACAUUUGCUGAGACCUUCAACAUCGUUUCAGCAUGGUGUGACUUUGUUCGAACCUGAUGCUGCUUUCAGCAAUGGGUUUUCGAUACAGGGAAAUGCGCCUUAUGGGGCGCUGCCAACAAACUUCUACUGGAACAAUAAUCAAGAAUUAUUGCUAACACAUAAGGACUUACUGAAACCAAAUACAUACAACACAGUAAAUCCAAUUUCAAGCAUUGUCACAAAUUCUUGUGGUAUCAACGACGGCUUUGCGGAACAAGCUUACAAUUAUCGAACAAGAUCUGACUUAGUCCCUAAUCAAGCAGAGGAAGCAAAUUUUUCUCAUUCCAUUACGCCAUUUUAUUCUAAUUCAAAAUAUAUUCUAGAAAAGAAAAGUGAAAAAUCUAUUUCACCAAUUGCUACGUCUUCGACAAAAAGUCAAAAUAUACAAGAAAUUUGUAUUUUAAAUUCUCCUAAUUGGAUUAAUAUUUCCCCUAAAGCUCAAGAAGUUGAGAAAAAUUUAAGUUUAUCAAAAUUUUAUGACUAUUCAGACAACAUUAUUUCCAGCAACGAUAAAAAUUCAAAAAAUCAGAAAUUCACAAUUAGUGAAUCAAAUCAAAACGAAAUUAAUAAAAAAUUGACGUUAAAUUUACUCAAAGGCACUGCAGAUUUUAAUGUUACGAAUUGUGACAUUGACAAAAUACUGAAAUUAGACACUCAAACAUUAAACAAUUUAUUUACUGACAAUACGGAAAGAAGGAUUUUUGAGGCAUUCGAAAUGUCGGGACAAUAUCCUGGUCACAGUCGGCCACCAGUUGGCACACCUCCUCCGCAAACUGUCUGGAAUCAUCUUACAAUGACUCAAGGACAAGGAUUGAAUAUACAUCCAACAGCAUUGUCCGGUGCAUCGUUAAAUCCAGCGGGAUUUUAUACACAUCCAUCUAUGGCACGAGCGUCUCAUUUAACACCUCAACUUACGCCUCAAUUGGCGCAUACUCAGGCUCCACCUACGUGGCAUACACCAACAGUACCAGCAAAAACAAUGACACCAUCAAAUACAGCUGGCAAUCCUUUAUUCAGCCUUCAAAUGUUAGUUGACAAUCGACAAAAUCAAAAUCAGUACAGAAAUGCACCAGGCGUUCAAAGUACACUUGAUCUAUCGGCAACAUCUGAAAUGGCAGAAAAUUAUUCUCGAAUACCUCAAGAUAUUCCCAUUAGCUUAACUGCCCGCAGUAUAGAUAAGGGCAGUCGAAAUGGUAAUAUAAUUUCACCACCAAUACCAUUGAAUGGUGACACAUCAUGUGACAGUGGUAUUAGUUCCUCAGUUCCAACACCUAAUUCACUUAUUGAGCCAGUAUCACUAUCGACAAAGGAAAUAAUUACACCUAAAAUAACAGUUAAAAAUUUCGAAAGUAAUCUUAAGGGCGUCUCGAAUCUUCAUGAUAAAAUAAAGGAGAGCAGUAUUGACAGUUUUGUGCAAAAAGUUAUCAAUCUACCUCCAAAUGUGACAAUUGAGAGAGUAACGUCGGAUAAUAAAAAAGAUACAGAAGUGACAAAAUGUAAAGACACAUUAAGCGUUAUUGCACAAGUGCCAAGAAACGUAAUGCCAGUUAUUGUCAAUCUUACUUCAAAAGAUAAAGAUGUAAUUGAUAGUCCUAAUAGAGAAUUAUCGUUGGAUUGUGAUAGAAGAAUGGAGGAUAUGAGUGUGAGAUCACCAAAAACAUCAUUGAAACGUAGUGGAAAGAAAGGUGUUGAUUCACUUUUGGAGAAAUUGGAAAGUGGUAAUAAAAAGCUUGGCACGGAAAAUAUUGGUUCUGUUAUUGUUACUCCAUUAGAGGAAAAGGAUACGGGUAGUGUAAAGAGUAUGUCGCCGGAACGACAAAUAUCAAGGUCACCAAAUCGUGAUGAAGAUGUUAUUUCACCAUUUAGUAAUGAAGACUCUAAUGAUAAUACUAAACAGCGAAGGAAACGAAAAUUAGAAAAGCCAGUAAGACUUAGUAAGGAUUCAAAAACAGAAGUUGAAGAUAUGGAAUUAGAGCCAACAGAACCCACGGAAUCAAGGAGUUGUGAGAUUAAUUUGCCAAUGGAUCAUACUCCAUUAUUGAUUAAUGAACGAAUUGUUAAUAGAACAGAACAAAAAAUUGAUGAAAAAACAGAAACACCAAUAAUGGAUAAUAAAAUUGAGGAGAGUGUGAAAAAUGUUGUUGAGAAAGUUGAUAAAAAUUUAGAACAAAGAGUAGAUGAGAAAUUAGGUGAGCGAAUGGAUGUAGAUUUAGAUGAAAAAAAUGAAGAAAAUCAACCAGUUAGAAGGCGGAGAUGUAGUGAGGGACCAACGCUAAGUCCAGUUGUUAAUCAAAGAGUUAGGAGAAAAUCAAGUGAUGAUGUUACAGAUUUUUCAAAAGUAACAAGUCCAAAAGUAACUGGCAAUGCGAAUCCUUUUAAUGAAGUUGAAUCAGAAUUGGAAAAAAUGUUUGCAGGUAUUGUUGAGACAAGUGAAAAACAAGAACCGAAACUUGAAGAUGAAGAGAAAUCGGACAAUAUUCUAAAGUCGGAGAAUGCAGAUAAUAUUGUGUCUACAAGUAAUAUGCAAAGUACAAGUUUAGCUGAUGUAUCAUCAUCAGUGGAGACAAAAUCAACACCCAAGAAAACUAAGAAAGGUAGAGUUCGAGCUGGUAAGAGAAAAGCUGUCAAAUCCGAUAAUGUUGGUCAAGGUGGUGGUGAAUUGAAAGACGGUAAAAGAGGCAAGGCAACGAAGGGAAAUAAAAAACAAGAGAGUUCCAAGAAAAAUGUGAAAAAGACUACAAAAGUUGAGGGCUUAAGAGAAGUGACAUAUGAUUCUGGAUCUAAUGCAAGUUCGAUUAGAUCACGUGGACCUGUUGUUCAUGUCGAGGGACCACGAGACAGUCCAUUAAGUAUUCAAGUUGUUAAUGUUCCUCGCGAAGAAGAAGAAGAGAAAAGUAAAGAAAAACGAAAAAAUUUGGGAAAUGGAAACGCAGGUCGAAGUAAGAGGCUCAGUCAUCAAAAUGAUCUUGACUAUCGGGGGAAGGUUAACAAAGCCGGUCUUUUUAGUUCUACACUAUCAUCAAGAUACGACGCACAUACAACAGAUUCAACAUGGGUUUGUGUAUUUUGCAAACAGGGUCCACAUUCUGUUGUUCCUGGUGAUCCUUCAAGGCCACACCCCAAUUUAGCAGGUCCUCACAUAGCACCUGGAUCGUAUAUUGUUCCAGCUGGUGUUUUGAGUGAUUUAUUUGGUCCAUAUUUGAUUGGCAAAGAACGUUUGGAGGAUGGAAUUUUAUCUGCAGAUGAGCAGGAAAUUAUGAUUGAGCAAAAGAAAGGUGGGAAAAAUAAACGGAGUUUAAGGCACGCAGGACUGGCUGAUCAAUUUACUGCUAAAAUGAGUAAGAAAAAAAGAAACUCAAUAGAAAAUAGUAAUGCUAAUACUGUGUUUACGGGCAUGACAUUAAUUCCUGGUGAAGAACAACGUUGGGAAGUUUGGCUUCAUGAACAAUGUGCAGUUUGGACAGCUGGUGUUUAUUUAGCAGGCGGACGAGUCACAGGUUUACAAGAAGCAGUUUGGGAUGCUGCAAAGUCAGUUUGUGAAGCUUGCGGUUUGACUGGAGCAAACAUUGGUUGUGUAAAACGUGGUUGCAAGGCUGUUAUACAUUAUCCUUGCGCCUUAACAAAAAGCUGGCUUCUCGAUACUAGUGACUACAUACCUAAAUGUAAUAUUCAUCGAGUAACGUGAAAUUUCGGUGAGUUUCUAAUCAAUUUUUAAUUUGAGGAGAAAGGAAAAAAUCAUACUUGCUGCACACAAGGCUUUUGAUGGAUUUUGUUGUUUUGAUGAAGAGUAAGAGAUUUAAGAAACGUAUAAUAAGGUCGAGAAUUACGUUUUGACUGAAAAUCGCCUUACAAAAAGAGGUAGGGGUGGGGAUCGUUUAAACCAGCGACGUUUAAUUUAAAAAAUCCAUUAAAAAAAAAAAAAAUAAAAUUCGUACUUCACGUUUAGUGUACACACAAAAACAAAAUUUUGUUUGUUUUUGUAAUUAUGUCACUCAUGAAAUUGUGUAACAUAUUUCUCAUUGAUCGUGAUCACGUCGUGUAGAAUGUCAAAAUUAUGCGUCGUAAGAAAUAAUUGAUGAUUUUUCAAUUUGGCAUAGGCCUCGUUGUAAGAUAAAGUGAAAAACAAGAAAUCUUCAAUUUUUUUUUUUGAAGGAAAGUUGUAUACAUUUUGAAAAUAGUUUCUGAGAUCAGUUUUUUGGUAAUCAGCAAAUGUUAAAUGUACACUAGUUCUAGGUCUUUAUUUUGAAAAAAUUUUGAAAAAAUUUUUGAAAAGUUUUAAGUAAAAUAAAAUUUAAUACAAUCGUUUAGAAAUUGUUUUACAUAUAUUAAAAUAUAAACUUUUCAAAAUUAGACACCAUUAAUUUUUAAUAAUUAUUAAAUGAAAACGCCUAUAAAACGAUUAUUUUUCAUUUUAUAAUUAUUAAUGCAAAAAAAAAAAUAUAACAUUAUUUUUUGUCGCUUUGUGGCCUUGAACAGUGUGGCCUUUUGAGAAAUCAUAAAAAUUUAUACUUUGUUGAAAGUAUGAACCAAUCAAUGAAAAUUUUUUAAAUUUUCAACAAUUUAUUUUGUUUAAUCCAUACAAUAUAUCUUAAAAUAAAAAACUUAUAAAUACAAAGAACAGUGUAUAUAAUGUUUGUAAGAAAGAAAUGAUCUCAGAAAUUUGAAUACAAAAUUUUGAGCAUGUAAUAUUUAUUUUGUAAAUACGGUCAGAUAUUGGACAAAUUUAGCUUGAAAUACUCUAUAGAUUUUUUUUUUAAAUUGAUUAUAUCUGCAUAUAAAAAAAUUUUUUAAAUCACAAGUGAAAACAAAAUUUACAUUUCACUAGAUUUUUUUUUUUUUUUGCAUAACUGUAUCUUAUGUUGUUUUCAUCUUAAGGUACAGAAUUUUUUAUAUAUAUUUUAAAAGUGUUUUUGUUUAAAGAAAUUGUCUUUUUGUCCGAAGAAAAUUGAUAUAUAUAUUUUUAUUUUUCAAGCGAUUAAUUCUCAGAAUAUACAAUUGAUUUUUUUUUUCAAAUAGUUUACCAAUUUUUUUUUUUUUUUUAUUUUGUAGCCUUUUAAAGACCAGUGAAUCACAUAAUAAUUAGAUUAGUUAUUGUUGAUUUAAUCAUUCAUAUCAUUAUGGUAGAUUUUGCGAGUGUGUAAGAUGAUUUUUUUUCUGCAAACAAAAUUGUAUGCAAUUGCCUAGGAACAUAUAUGAUUAAAAUAUAGCUAAGAAAAGGAAAAAUUGUAAAAAACAAACAUAAAAUCCUAAUGUACAUAUUGCGUAGACAGAAAAAUAUAUAUAAAUAUGAAAGGUAUAUGUUACAGUUUUUCCAAGAGCACACAGAGUAUGAUGAUUUCUGUUUUUUGACUUUUGAAGUGAAACACUAUCACCUUUGAUUUCUUCUAAUUAUAACUUAUUUUCUUAUUUCUAUUUAAAAAAAAAAAACUCUUAUACGUAGAAAUCGAGGUAGUGCUUUUGGGAAAUAUUCUUCUUCAAAAAAUAAAGGCGUCCGAAAAUUACGCUUGAGGGGUUAAAUUUUAGAUUUAAGAAUCGCGAGUAUGAAAUAUUAAAAGUACGAUGAACUUUUUUGUACAUAUGAUACGUACAUAGCAACAAAUUUAUGUAUAAAAGAUUAACGAGGAAGCGUAAAUUUAGAUGCAUAAUAUCAGUUUUAAAUGUAGAGAAAAAAAAGAAACAAGGUGUACUUCGACGAGGGGGGGGGAAGAUGUAAAAGAUUUUCUAUUUGCAAGACAUAUGAUUAUGAAUUAUGUGUUCUUAAUUAUUUAAUUUUCCCAAUUAACAAAACAAACAGCAGCCAAAAAAAAGAAAACAUUACUGUUAGAAUUAUUAAGUAAAACAAGAAGUAACCAAACGUUUACAUUCUUUGGUCAUGUGUGAAAGGGAAUAAAAUUCUAUUUUAAAAGUAACAUUGUAAUUUUAAUUAAUAAUUGUGAUAAAAAUGGGAAAACUAUCUGAUCAAAAGUGACAUGUCUAUAAAAUUUUGCGUUCGGUUAACUGUGUUAUCGAAAAAUUUUCUUUCUUUACAUAUUAACAAUAAAAAAAUUUUCAAUUGUUAAGAAAAAAAAGUUAAGGUUGUUUUUCACAUGCAUUGUAAAUCAUCAAAAAUAGAAUUAUAUUUUUACUUUUUUCUGAAAAUUAGUAAACCAAACGAAUUUGGCUUGUAAAUUGCUGUGGCCCAAAUAGCUAAAUAAUUAGAAAGCCUUAUUUAUUUGUAAAAAAAAAAAAAAGUGUCAUGAAAAUUUGUAAAAUAAUAAGCAUCGAAAGUCAGAUAGGUGAAGAAAAAAAAAAUUAUCUAACGACGCUGACCAAGACGAUAGAUGAGACGUGAAACAAAACAAAAUUAAUCCUAUAUUGUGAAUAAAUAGUAGAACAAUUUUAUUUCCAUCAGUCACACUUGACUUUAGGAAAAGGUUUUUUUCUGUCCUUUACACUCUGCAGAUUUAUUAAAGCAUCAUACGCAUUUUCGUGACCUGGUUUAAUAUUAAAACGAUCAGUAAAGAUGUUGCAAGAUGUUGCUUUCUCUCUAUCUGUUUAAUUACAUAUGUGGAAUGAUAGGUCCUUGUGGAUCAUAUCGAGAUUUAUACAAAAAAAAAAAACGAUACCACUACGUAUACAUCUUUGUGUAAAAUAAACAUAAAAAAUAAUAAAACGAUAUAAAUCGAAAAA